GCAUUCCAGAAGUGUUCCUUUAUGGAUGUAAAUUCAAACAGUCAUGCAGAGCAGAUGCGGACUGACAGUCAAGUUAAAGAGCCUAGGCCCGGGCCCGCAGUCCCACCCAAGGAAAAGAAGAAUUUGGAAUUUUUCCAUGAAGACGUACGGAAAUCUGAUGUUGAAUAUGCAAAUGGCCCCGCAGUGGAAUCCCGCAAGGUUGCUGCAGGGGCACUAAGGUUUAGUGACCAGCCCAAGGACAAGUGGGACAGAGAAAUGAAUAGUGUUUCUGAUGCUUCAAGAACAUCAGAACACAAAACUGGAAUUUUAGUGAAAGAAAAUGCUGCAGCCAGUAAGAGUUUGCUGAGAGAAAGUAGAGACCAUUCCCAGGAAAACGUGUCGAAAGUCAAUUCUACUACCUCUGGCACUCAUUCCUUAGAGGAUGAAGUAAGUAAAGGACUGAAAGUCUCAGAUCGGCAGACCUCAGCAGCUGAGACUCAGAAGGUGAAUUAUAAAAAGGUAAAGGAGCUGAGUCAUCCAGGACAAGAUGCUCCUAGGAGCCACCUUCCCGCGCCCACCAGACCAACUGAAUUGAGCGCUCAUGACGUCAAAGCACAAGACCGGGAAGAUUCCGUGACAGAUAUUGGCCAAGUCAUUCUAAGACCCAAGGGGGCGAGGCACACCAGCCCGAGUGCUAGUGAGGAAGGAGACCCCGCCUCGAGUUCUCCCACGGAAGAGAGCGCACCCCCUGACAACAUUGCCUUCAUGAUCACCAGCACUGCAGUCCAGGUGCUGUCCAGCGGGGAGGUCCGUGACAUAGUGAGCAAACAAGGAGAAGAUGUACAGACCGUCAAUAUUGAUGCCAAGAAGGAGCUGACCUCCCUGCCAGGAGGGAUGGAACAAGAAGAGCCAGUGGUGUGCCUCGACAAGAAGCCAGUCAUCAUCAUCUUCGACGAGCCCAUGGAUAUCCGGUCGGCCUACAAGAGACUUUCCACCAUAUUUGAGGAGUGUGAUGAGGAAUUAGAGAGAAUGAUGACCGAGGAGAAGAUCGUGGAGGAAGAAGAGGAGGAAAAUGGAGACCCCAGUAUUCAGAAUAACCCUGCCCAGGGGUUUACCCAGAAGGUUGCCUCCCUUAGCCUUGGAUCGGGACAGCCAGCUGAGGGCAAAGUGCAGUCUCACUCCCAGCCAGCAGACACCAGAAUACCAGGAGGAGGACAGGAGAGGAGUAAGAUGGACCUGAGCAAGCUCGGCCCAGCAGAGUCUCUAGACUCUGAGAACAAGUGUGACAUCACCGACGACCAGUUUGAAAGCCCCAAGAAAAAGUUCAAGUUCAAAUUCCCCAAGAAGCAGCUGGCUGCACUCACCCAGGCCAUCCGCACGGGGACCAAGACGGGGAAGAAGACUCUGCAGGUGGUGGUCUACGAAGAGGAGGAAGAAGAUGGCACCCUGAAGCAGCACAAGGAAGCCAGGCGGUUCGAGAUCUCCCGGUCCCAGCCCGAGGACGCCCCCAGGACUCCAGCCCAGAAGCCGGAGCAGCCCAGCUCAGAGGGCUCACGGCAGGUUUCAAGAACUGAUGAAAUUCGGAAGAAUACCUACAAAACCUUGAACAGCCUGGAGCAGACCAUCAAACAGCUGGAAAACACCAUCAGUGAAAUGAGUCCCAAAGCCCUAGGUGAUACCUCAUAUUCUUCCAACAGAGAUUCUGUUGCAAGCUCACCCCACCUCACUCAAGAGGCCUCUCCUCGCACCCCACUAGCUCUGGAUGAAGCUCCCACUGCCCUAGAACCCCCCACAGCGAUACCUCCAGCUUCACGUAAGGGCCCCAGCGGGACCCCACAGACCAGCAGGAUGCCUGUCCCCAUGAGUUCCAAGGGCAGAUCUGGAAGCGCGGACAAACCCAGCAAGCAGUCCAAACUGCAGGACCCCCGCCAGUAUCGUCAGGCUAAUGGAAGUGCUAAGAAAGCUGGUGGGGACAAUAAGCCUACUUCCCCCUCCUUACCUGCUUCUAAGAUUCCAGCCCUUUCUCCCAGCUCUGGGAAAAGCAGUUCUCUGCCCUCUUCCAGUGCCGACAAUUCUAGCUUCCCUAAUCCACCUGCUACUAAACCAUCGGUUACUUCUUCUAACCCUCUCAGCCCCCACACAGGACGAGCCGCUCACUCUGCCUCCCUCAUCCCCUCUGUCUCUAAUGGCUCCUUAAAGUUUCAGAGCCCCCCUCAUCCAGGUAAAGGUCACCAUCUCUCGUUCUCACUGCAGACUCAAAAUGGCCGAGCAGCCCCCCCUUCCUCCUCCUCCUCCUCCUCGUCUCUGAACCAAGGUGCCAAGAGCAUCCGGACCAUCCAUACUCCCAGCCUCACCAGCUACAAGGCACAGAACGGAAGUUCCAGCAAAGCCACC